UGAAAAUGAGACAUGAUGAUGAACGUGAUUCCUGCUGUUUUCACUCAGAGUCAGGACCCGUCACACGAACAAACAAGUACUAUCAGUACUGCGAGUAGUGGGAACGAACGGGUACCGCGACUACUCACUGUGAGUACUCCCCCGAGGCCAUAAAGCUGCGCGCGCGAUCCCACGACGAGUCGACGAUCGAUCAUCAUCUCCCUCCCUCCGUCGCUCCUGUUUGGCGGUUCAACCUCGGACACCGAGCGAUACAGUAAGAGUAACAGUAAGAGUAAGAGUAAGAGUAAGAGCCGCGCGGAUCCCUCCCGGCGCUUCCUUCCACUCCCGACGCUUCCAGACGCUUCCAGAGCAGAGCGUCGCGGUUCGGACAUGGAAUCGACGGCACUCGUUUCAUCUGUGUGCCUCCUGCUGAGUGUCGCCCUCGUGGCUCCGAGCGGCGCGCGCCUCCGCGCAGGUGAGGGCGAGUGGCCCGAGCUCCGCCUCUUCCACCACUCGUGCGCCCUGAAGAAAGACGAGGGUCCCUGCAAGGCGCUGGUGGAACGCUUCUACUUCGACGUGGAGACGGGCGGCUGCGAGCGCUUCGACUACGGCGGUUGCCAGGGCAACGCAAACAACUUUGAGAGCCUGCAGAAGUGUGAGGACAUGUGUCUCGUGAGACAGGACAAGAGCCCGUGUCACUUGGAGGAGGAGACGGGGCCGUGUCGCGGGAUGGUGCUGCGCUACUUCUACAGCAUGGCCAGCCGCCGCUGCGAACGCUUCUUCUACGGCGGUUGCUUCGGCAACGCCAACAACUUCCGGACGGAGGAGGCGUGUCGGGCCCGUUGCCAUGGAAACAGCAUGGAAACACCAAGCGACACGAGGGCAGGAGCCGACUCCAGAGCCAGAGCCCAGGACGUUGAGUCCAGCGAUGUGCUUCCCCAAAAUGCAUCACACACCCAGGCGAAGCUUCCCAAAGCCACAGGGGGCGCCGCGCCAGCUGCCUGCCAGGCCCCCAUCCACAGGGGCACGUGCGGAGACGCGGUCAAGAGGUACGGCUACAACGCGGAGCUCAGGAGGUGCCAGUCCUUCCGCUACAGCGGCUGCGGCGGCAACAGCAACAACUUUGAGUCCAAGAAGGAGUGUGUGAGGACCUGCAUCAGGGAUGUGAACCCCCACGCGGGCGGAAAGAAGCAGCGCGCGAAGCCGAGCGACGCGCAAAUCAUAUUUCGAUCUGUGUGAGAUCAGAGGAAGGAGACUCGACCACAACAGCGUCUGUUUAGCACUCUUUUCGUGAAGGUUCUGUGAAUGAUGUCAGGUAGAUUCCUGAAAAGCGGAUCCUGGAAGUAUUUUUUCUUUCUUUCUCUCUCUCUCUCUCGGGGAAAAUGCGGAUUUGCCCACUACAUCCAUAUCAUAUAUGAUCCUCUUUUCAUAACUCGGUAAAGCGGAACGGAUGACACUCACUUGCAACAUUUAAUACAUUGUUUAACGCUUUUUAUCUGAUCGUGACCGCGCGUUUUUUACUCACUAAAUUACUGUGUUCGUGAGCGCGCCGCGCCGCAUCGCACACUUUCCACGCCCGACUGCACUAGGAAUAAAGGUAAAAGCUUUGGAAUUUAUUUCCGUUUCAUCACGUGUUUAGUCUCUUUUCCUUCGACUCUAAAACGGGAGCAAAUGCAGAAAUGAGUCACAUUUCUUAUUUCAUAAUUUUGCCUUUUUUCCAGUUUGCUGGGUCUGCGGAGUAACAGCAGACGCUGACGAAAAUGUCAUGUAUAUGGAACAAAUGUUGAAAAAUAACGAUGUCGAACAGGAAACGUAUCGUGGUGGCGCGCGUGCCAGAGCUGAGAGCGUGGGUACACCGUUCCCACAAUGCAGUGCGGCUCAGUUUCGAGAUGCUGCGUCAGUUUGUUGUGCCGCCCGACCCAGCAGGUCGAACAGCCCGAAAUCCGCACAUCAGUGAUUGAUGUCUAAUUAAUUAAGUAAUUAAGCGUUAGGGUUUCAGGACCGGAUACACAAAGAAGCGGAUGUCGGGAGACGGAAUGACGGGGGGGGGAGGACGAGUGUGUGUGUGUGUGUUGUCUUCGCGUGAACCCUCUUUGUCUCAGUCCUUACGUAUUAGACAUUGUUGUUGCUCAUUCUCAUUUUUAUUGCUGUUCUCUGUGGGACCUGUUCUCUAAGUGGAUUUAUUUGCUUUUGUACCGAACUCAAUGUACAUUGUAUCGUUACCCAGCUUUAUGUACAUAUAUAAUAUAUAUAUAUAUAUAUUAGUAUUAGUAUAUACACACUGUAUACACCAGUGCAAAUGAGUUCAGGUGUAAAUCAGUGUCACCUGACCUGUCCUCUGUUGAAAUUAAAGAAAAGCUCUGUGUGA